CCUUCCCGACUAUUUAAAGUCGCGACAUCGCGGGCGGCGGCUCAGUGGAAGAAGAAGAAGGCGGCGGAGGCGGGUGGGAGUGAUUUUUUUUUUUUUUUAAUUUUUUUUUUCCCCCCUCCACGCGAGUUUUCCGCCAUGAAUCCCAACUGUGCGCGCUGCGGGAAGAUCGUGUAUCCCACGGAGAAGGUGAACUGCUUGGAUAAGUUCUGGCACAAAUCAUGUUUCCACUGCGAGACCUGCAAGAUGACCCUGAACAUGAAGAACUACAAGGGCUACGAGAAGAAGCCCUACUGCAAUGCACACUACCCCAAGCAAUCCUUCACCAUGGUGGCAGACACGCCCGAGAACCUGCGCCUAAAGCAGCAGAGUGAGCUCCAGAGCCAGAUCCGCUACAAGGAGGAGUUCGAGAAGAACAAAGGGAAGGGAUUCAGCGUGGUGGCCGACACCCCCGAGCUGCAGAGGAUCAAGAAGACUCAGGAUCAGAUCAGCAACAUCAAGUACCACGAGGAGUUCGAGCGGAGCCGGAUGGGGCCCAGCCCCAGCGAGGGCUCGGAGCCCGAGCGCCGGAGCUCCCCCGAGAGCGGCGCCUACCGGAGAGCGGAGCAGCCACAGCAGCAGCACCACGGCCAGCCCGGGGCCACAGUUUACCAGCAGCAGCAGCAGCAGCAGCCGCCUCCAUCCCAGUCCUACUGCUACAAGGAGCCAGCUCCGGCCUCCUCACAGCGCAACGCCCCGGCCGCAGGGGGGAAGCGUUUCCGUGCCGUCUAUGACUACAACGCGGCGGACGAGGACGAGGUGUCCUUCCAGGACGGGGACACCAUCAUCAACGUGCAGCAGAUCGACGACGGCUGGAUGUACGGCACGGUGGAGCGCACGGGGGACACGGGCAUGCUCCCGGCCAACUACGUGGAGGCCAUCUGAGCCCUGCCCGUGUCCCCUCCUGUCCCCUCCCCGCCCUCCGAGCCGUGUCCCCGUGUCCCCUCCGGUUUCGGGGAUCAAAGCUCCAGGGCAUUUCUCCUCCUGUCCCUCCUGUCCUUCCUGUCCUGCCCUCCCGGGAGCCACCGGGAUGCCAGGAAAGGGAGGGAGAGGCCAAAUUCAGGACCAAAUUCCCCAUGUGGGGUGGGGGAAGCAAAGGGGGGCUCACCUGGGCUCGGGGUGGGCUGGCAGCUCCCCCUGCUCGUCCUGCUCCUGGCUGCCUUCAAUCCUUCCGUGCUCGGAGCAGGAAAGUUUUGAGCUCAAAUCUCCACAAAACCUCUCAGCUCUGGCUGCUCCUGCCUUGGGCUGGGCUGUCCUGAGCCCUCCGGAGCAGCAGCAGCCCUGGGGCUCGUCCUGGCUGGAGGGCUGGGCUGGGAUGAGCUCCCCAGACUGGGAUCAGGCCCUCUGGACUGGGAUGAACCCCUCCCCAGACUGGGAUGAGCUCUCCAGACUGGGAUCAGGCCCUCUGGACUGGGAUGAAGCCCUCCCCAGACUGGGAUGAGUUCCCUGGACUGGGAUCAGCCCCCCCUGAACUGGGAUGAGCCCCUUGAAGUUGGGAUGAGCUCCCCAUGCUGGGAUGAGUUCUCUGGACUGGGAUCAGCCCCCCCUGAACUGGGAUGAGCCCCUUGAAGUUGGGAUCAGCCCCCCCAGGCUGGGAUGAGCCCCCUCAGACUGGGAUCAACCCCACUGAACUGUGAUCAGCCCCCCAAACUGGGAUGAGUCCCCCCCAAACUGGGAUCAAUCAGCCUCCCAGAGCUCCAGCUCACUCUGGGGGUCCCCCUGGCGUUGAGCCUUUUCCCCUCACCCAGAAUUUUCCUGCUUUUCUCCUCCUCCUCCUGCUGCUGCUGAGUGCUGCCACCCCUGUGGGUGGUCGCUGUCCCCUGGGUGCUGUGACACCCCCAGCCAGCCCCAGCGCUGGUGGCAGCUUCUUGGGACCACUUUGGGCUCGUGUCACGGACCAAAACAUCGAAGCACGUCCCUGUCCCCUUCUCCUCUGGGCUCCUGGGGGGGAUCAGGGUCGGGAUAAACUGGAACUGGGCAGGGAGGGAGGAGCAGGGACCUCCAGAGGGUCCUGCCGGGACCUGGGACAGUGGGGGUGUCCCCCUGCCAGGACCUGGGACAGUGGGGGUGCUGUGGGGCCAGGAGGCUCCCAGGGGGCGGCUCCACCUUUGUUAUUCCCACUGGAAAAUCAGGAAUUGGGGACCAAAGCAGAGUGAGGCGUUCCUGGGGACACUUCCCUUCACUGGGGGCAGAGUCACGCUGGGAACGGGGAGUUGUGGCUGCAGUGGGGUUGGGGACAGGGAUUUGGGGUGGCAGCAGGGCAGGAUGGGCUGCCCAGGGUGGGAAUCCCAGCUGGUGCUAAAACAGGGAGCACAAGGGCAGGGGGAGCCUCCUCCUCUCCCUGCUGAAUCCUCUUCGUAAUCACGUUCUUGUCUGGGAAUGGGGGGGGGGGGGAGCCUCAAUGUGAAUAAACCCUUUUUUAAUGGACCAAAUAACAGGAAAUUCCCUUUUGGGAUACAGAUCUUUUUUUAAUCCUCCCUCAAAACCAUUGUCCCUAAAUUCUCCCCUCCCAUGCUCCUUUCCACCCCCGCCAUGGGAAACAAACCUCUUACUGCUUGAUUUCUGCCUUUUCUCUCAACUUUAUGCACUUUUUUGCCUUUUUUUUUUCAUAGCUGAAAAGCACCUAAACCUGUAUUUAAAAAUAAAUAAAUAAAUAAAUGAGUUAAAAAAAAUUACAAGGAAGAAGAACGAUUAAAAAGCUGAAUAAUUGCUUCUCAUCACGUGUAAAAUAGACCUCGUCCAUCCCAGCUUCCCUGGUUGUGUCUCAGUGCUGAGCUUAGAACGUGUUUUCCUCGGGAUCCGUUGCUUAAUUGGGGUUUUGUCCUUGUGUCCUCCUUCCUGGGUUGAGCACCCACCAGUAAAAAACAAAAAUUUUACAAAAUGAUUCGGCCUUUUUAUCCAAAAUAAAAAAAAAAAAAAAAAGAAAGAAAACCCACGGAAUGGAACAACCCGACCAUCGAUUCUCUUGCUGGUUUACUCGGAUUGAAAAUAAAAGUUUAAUUUUUA